GAAAUAGCUGCAAUGAAACAGCCGUAGUCCCUUACAGGGACCAAGUUUUACUAGUGUGCUCUGACACUUUCCCUAAAACUGAUGACACGUGGCCAUGGAAGCUGUAAGAUUUUGGCAAGCAUGUUGUGGAUUGCAGCCCCGCUGCUGCUGAAUAAACUUUACCUGCAAAUGUUGUGCCAAGCAGUCACUUUUAACUGCUGAUAGCACUCACUUAAGAACCACAUUCACUUCUCCAGGUGGCACUACCCAAUGUUGAUUUUUUUCCAGUCGGUAUAAGCCGAAACUCAGUGACCCCUUUACAACUUUUUUCCAUGAAUUGCACUUAACUUCAUUCAUAGCAGCAACUCCUUACCCCACUGUGAUUACUUCAGCAUCAAGCCUGCAAGCUCAGCUGUGCUUUACUGCUUCCCAGACUGCUCUUUGCACAUCACUGUGGUAUUUCAUGACUGAGAUUUUUGUCCAGCUUUCCUACGUGUCUUCCUCCUUUGGACCCUUAAGCAUUUGCCCAGCUCCUGCAAGGCAGCAAUGCUUUUCCUCAGAAGGCUGACGGCGGGAGACUUGAGGACACUUCCAAGAUUUCUUGCCUCUGUAUCAGGAAAGGAACAUGUUCCUGCCAGGCACCUUGGCCAUGACCACAACAUUGGGAUGCCAGGAGAAGCCGCUCCACACAAUACAGAGCAAAUUACGUGCAAUUCAGUUCUGCAACGCCUUAGUAACCUGCUAUUUUACACAGUUUCUGAAGGACAGGAGCAACUUCCAGUCUACAAAUUCGUUAAUUCGUUAAAGGCAAAUGGCAUACUCACCUCUGACCCUAGGUUGAAGGACUGCAUGGAUAUGCUACAGCAAACUGUACAGGAGUUAGCCACUGGAGCUGUGAUGGAUCGGGAGAUGUUUCAGAAAUGUGUUCAGAGUAACAUUGUGUUCCUGACCCAGAUUGUUUGCAAAAAGUUGGCAAUUCCUGACUUUGAACAGUUCACAUUGCAUGUGAACCGCCUGUAUGAAAAUGCCAGUGCCUUAGACAAGGGAGAGGUGGCUAACUACAUUCCACAGCUGGCUAAGUCUAGCCCUGAACGAUGGGGUGUGUCUCUUUGCACAGUGGAUGGACAGAGGCACUCCAUAGGCGAUACUGGUGUCCCAUUCUGUUUGCAGUCCUGUGUGAAGCCACUUAAAUACUCUAUCGCUGUAAAUGAUCUUGGCACAGACUUUGUUCACCAGCACAUGGGCAAAGAACCCAGUGGCAAUCGCUUCAACAAACUGUCUCUCAACCAUGAAGGUAAACCCCACAACCCAAUGGUGAAUGCUGGUGCAAUUGUUGUCUGCUCGUUAAUUAAGCCUUCAACAAACAAGGCUGAGAAGUUUGACUAUAUUAUGCAGUCGCUAAAGAAUAUGGCUGGGAAUGAAUUUGUUGGCUUCAGCAAUGCAACGUUCCAGUCGGAGAAAGAGACAGGAGACCGGAAUUAUGCAAUUGGAUAUUAUAUGAAGGAGAAGAAGUGUUUUCCUUCAGGAAUUGACAUGAUCUCUGCACUGGACCUCUACUUCCAGCUGUGCUCCAUUGAAGUGACUUGUGAAUCUGGCAGUGUGAUUGCUGCCACCCUGGCUAAUGGUGGGAUCUGUCCCAUCACAGGACAGCGAGUCCUGAGUGCCGAAGCUGUGAGGAACACGCUGAGCCUGAUGCACUCCUGUGGCAUGUAUGACUUCUCUGGCCAGUUCGCUUUUCAUGUCGGAUUACCUGCCAAAUCUGGAGUAUCAGGAGCCAUCCUGCUUGUGGUACCUAACGUUAUGGGAGUUUUCUGCUGGUCCCCUCCUUUGGACAGGAUUGGCAACAGUGUACGUGGAAUUCACUUCUGCCAGGAACUUGUCUCACUUUUCAAUUUUCAUAACUAUGACAACCUGAGACACUGUGUUCGUAAACUGGAUCCAAGGAAAGAGAGAAGCGAGGCACAACAGAAGACUGUGGUGAACCUACUUUUUGCUGCAUACAGUGGAGACGUGUCAGCCCUGAGAAGAUUUGCACUGUCAGCCAUGGACAUGGAGCAGAAGGACUAUGAUUCUCGAACAGCUCUACAUGUUGCAGCUGCAGAAGGACAUUUAGAUGUGGUCAAGUUUUUGAUUGAAGGCUGCCGAGUGAAUCCAUUUGCAGAGGACAGGUGGGGCAACACUCCUCUGCAAGAUGCCAUCCGAUUUGAAAGACAUGACGUAGUGACCUUGCUGAGUGAAUACCAAGAGGCCUACCAAAAAUACCUGAGGGGACCUGAGAGUUCAGAGGAACAGAUGUCCCUGGAAAAUCUCGAGAGUAUGGUGUAGAUGUCCUUCACUUUGUGUCCUUGAUGGAAUCUCUGGCUCCAACCACCAAUGCUUUCAUUAUUCUCCUACUCGAACCCAAAUGACCCUUAUUUCUAGAUAUAUAUCUACAUAUGUCAGCAGCAUUGUAAAGGGCAGACAUGGUGUAAUAUGCUAUCAUGCCUUUUUAUUUAAAUAUAAUAUAUAUAUAUACAUACACACACACAUAUAUUGUCAAAGAAAAUUUUCUUUUAAUUCAUAAACGGUGCUGCUGGGGUCUUGGCUGCUUAAGCAUCCGUGAGUAGGGCUUGAGUAAUGUUUGCAUGAGUUCACUAUGCCAUUGGUUCCCAAACUGUGGGGCUGGCCUUCUGGAGGGGUCAGACCAGUGGCUGGAGGGAGCAGCAUAAAGGCGACUUAGGCCGAGGCAUGGGAUGAAAGCUUAUUUGCUGUCGCAGGUGUUCUUGGAACUAUGGUAAAGUGGUGCAAACAACUAUAUUUUCAUGUAUCUGUGGCAUUGUUAUUAGCUAAAAGGGUCUGAUGAAAUAUCAGACCAUAAAGGGAUGCUUUA